GUCCGAAGUCCGGUGCAUCAUGCCCGACGGGGCGACCGUCAACUUCCCCUUCAAGGUUACCGAGACCCUGGGGGACUUCCUCGGCCGCCUGACCGACCGCGAGUCCGACGAGGAGAAGCGCCGGUACAAGGUCCUGAUCUUCAAACGCGGCAACGACGGCGUCACCUUCGAGUACCUCCCGCAGCUCGAGAGCAACCUGAUGCUCAUGAAGAAGGAGUGGGACACGGACCGCUUUAAUGAGACCUUCCUGAAGAUCCUGCGCAUGACCGAGGUCGUGACCAUGCACUUCAACAUUGUCUUCCGCCUGACGGCCGGCGUCGGGCACUCGGCCGUCAAGUUCUACGUCAACGAGCAUACCCUGGUCCGGCAUCUGGAGGAGGACGUGCGCGCCUUCCUGAAGAUUCCCCCGACCGAGACGCGCUUCGGCAUCCUCGGCGAAUAUGGCGUCAAUGCCAUGCGCAAGAUCCUCCCCGAUGAGAAUGUUCUCAAGCUGCGCACCGCCUACGACGUGGAGCACCUGACCAAGCCGAAGUUCUUCUAUUACGGCGUCCUGCCGGAGGCCGAGGAUCACCGGCACUUCGGGGCCGAGAAGUCCGGCUGGCUGGAGAUCUGCCACGGUGGUGCCAUCUCCACCUGGCGCCGGCGCUGGGCCGCCCUCCGGGGGACGACGCUCUUUUUCUACAAGACCGAGAAUGACCCGGAAAUCCAGCUGCGCUUCGACAAUGUGGAAAAGCGCGAGGUGACCGACCUGCCGAAUGCCCGCAAGGCCAUCAGCCAGAAGUUCCCCUGCCGCUUCGACCUGUCCAACGACCCGAAGCCCGUGCAGCUUGCGGCCGAGGACGCGGCCACCGCGCAGUCCUGGAUCCAGGCCAUCCAGUCGGUGGGCACGCGCCAUGCCAACCGCACGGCCGCCACGGCCAUCGGCUCGUCGCACGGCGACGCGUCCGCCGGCGGCAAGCCCCAGAAGCGCACGCUCAUCCCCAUCGACGAGGCCCAGUACCGUGUGGCUGCCUAUGAUCCGGCCCUGUCCGGGACCAAGGGCAUCCAGGUGGAGCUCACCGUCCGGGAGAAGCUCCAGCACCUGGUGGACACCUUCAAUGAGGAUGCGGUGGCCGUGUUGGACACUCGCGGCCAGGAGAUGGCCGCCCAGAUGAAGAAGCUGACCGGCGCCUUCCCGGCCUUCGUCACGCACCUGGACGAGCGCCUGGACGAACUGAUCUCCGGCACGACGCCGCCUUUGUCGACGGAGCGCGGCCCGCGUGGGCGCCGGCCUGAUGCCCCGCCACCGCCGGUGCAGAAGCCCCUCCCGCCGGCGGCGGCCACGCGCAAGCGCAGCCAGCUGAAGGAGGAGCUGCUGAAGGCUCGCCAGCUGCUCAAGGAUUCCGUGAGCGCUGUGCGCCCGGCCUCCUCGCUGCCGAACCACACCGACGGCGGCACCGAGCUCAACGAGAUCCGCGUCUUGCGUGAGAGUCUUGAGCACUUUAUCUUCGCCUGUCAGAUGUGUCUCACCCUGCUGGAGACCGAUGAGAGCUCCGAGUUCGGAGACUUCUUCGUCGACCAGCAGCUCAGCACCACGGCCCCCAUGGACUCGGAGCUGUCGAAUGUCAUGUCACAGUUUGCCAACUUCGGCAUCAAUGAGCAGCUUCUGGAGCUGCAGCGCAAGGCCGCCGGGACGGCGGCCCCUGCCCCGGCGGCGGCGGCCGCCGCCGACCCUACGUCCCUGUCCGAGACGCUGGGCGGCUCGGACUUUGGUCCGAUCGUGGCCGAGGAUGCCCCGGCCGCCGAUGCCAUGGACUUCAAUGACCCCGAGUUCGACUCCAUGCUUCAGAACCUCACCUCGGCCGUGUCCGCCCUCGACUCCGGUGGCUUCCACGCGGCUUUCGGCUUUGGCACCGGUUCCUCCAACAUCGGGCUCAAGGGCUCGGCCACCAUGCACUACUGCCAGUCGUGCUCUGGGCCGAUCGACCCGGGCCUCGAGCUCAUGGUCGACGACUUUGCCUUCCACGACUAUUGCUUCUUCUGCACCACUUGCGCUUGUCCGCUUGUGGACCCGGCCACCAAUCCCGGGGCCCACAACGCGGCGCACUCCAUCCGCGGGACCAUCUACUGCCACAUGGACUUCCUGGCGGCCUGCCCCAGCUGCGCCAAGUGCCAUGACCCGGUUCCUCCGAACGAAGCCCAGGAGGUCGGCCCGAGCACCUUCCACAAGAAGUGCUUCACCUGUGCCGACUGUGGGUGCGGCUUCCCCGACGGGCGCGUCUUCCCCCAGGCCGACGGGGCCAUUCUCUGCGAGAAGUGCUCCUACCGCCGGGUGGACCUCCUGUGUCCGGUGUGCGAGAAGCCCAUUACCGACGACAAGGCAGUCCAGGUGCUCGGCUCUCGCCGGCACAUUGCCUGUCUGGUGUGCUCGCACUGCAAGGUCCACAUCCAGCCGGACGAUGUGCGCAUCCGCAAGGAGGCCGUCUGGUGCAUCAACUGCGCGCGGCGCUUCCACGGAUGAGCGGCCGCGCUCGCCUCCCUGCCCUUCUUCCCGUGCACAUGUUCAUACGCGCAAGCAUCACCAUAUGUGUAGCCACGGCGGCCUCAUGCAUCCACACGCACACGUACAUAUAUGCACACGCGCGCGUGCCCAUGUGUGGACCUGCUUCCCACCCUCGGUCCCGCUUGCGUGCUUCUCUCGCUGCCGGCCAGCCAGACUCGACCUCCCUUUCCCUCCCCCAUCCUCCCUUCCUACGCACCCCUCCCUCUGUGGGCGAGGGGGGGGGGACCCCAUGCAGCAAUACACAACAAAAGCUUCCUCCUGCCCGGGGGCUUCAGCCCUUUGCAACUCUUCCGAGCUCCUCGUGCUCCUUGCCGUGUCGGCACGAGC